AUGACUACGCACAAAUACAUUACUUUACAGCCUACUGGUGAUAAGAUCCCUCUCGUAGGCUAUGGUACCGCAAGAAUUCCUGCCGCUGAAACCGAGGAAGUGAUCUAUAACGCCAUUAAAACUGGUAAUCGUUUGAUCGAUGGUGCUUUACUUUACGGCAAUGAACCCGAGGUUGGCAAAGCUGUGAGAAAGGCUAUUGCUGAUGGAAUCGUCAAGCGUGAAGAGCUCUUUAUCGUUGGAAAGCUUUGGAACCACUACCAUGAAAAGCAACACGUAAAGCCUGUCUUCCAAAAGACACUUGAUAACUAUGGCCUUGACUAUAUCGAUCUUUAUCUCAUUCACUUCCCUUUUGCCACAGAAUACGUCGAUCCCAAUGCAAGUAUCGACUUUUUGAGUUCUAAAAAGGAAUUCAAGAUCAUUAAGGCACCUUUACAAGACACAUGGCGUGAACUGGAAGACUUGGUGGAUGCUGGCAAGGUCCGCAACAUUGGCAUUUCCAACUUUAAUGUACAAUCUACUCUUGAUCUUCUCAGCUAUGCUCGUAUCCCUCCUAGUGUUCUCGAGAUUGAACAUCAUCCUUACCUGCAACAAAGACGUUUGGUCAACUGGGCUCAAUCUCAGGGCAUUCAAGUGAUUGCUUAUGCUUCAUUCGGUAAUGCCGUCUUUGACAAGCUCCCUCCAGGUACAGAGCAUUUGGAAAACUUGAUGAAGCAUCCUGUUAUUGUCAGUAUCGCAGAGAAGCAUAAGCGCGAUGUUGGACAAGUUCUGUUGGCAUGGGCUGUUCAUCAUAACGUGAUUGUCAUUCCCAAGACUGUUAAUGUGGAUCGCAUGAAGUCUAAUCUCAAUAUCGAUGGCAUCAAAUUGGAUGAUGAGGAUUUGCAAAAGAUUGCCAAGUUGGAGGCGAAUGCUCGCUUCAAUGACUUUUUCGACGGCACCUAUGGCUUUGAUUUCCCUCUUUUUGCUUAA